AUGUCGGUCUUCACCCGCCCUUGCUCCUCGUGCCCAAGGCUUCUUACAAACCAUGUCGCUACCCACGCUUGUUCCCGAUCCCUCUCGGUCUCUUGUCGCACAUCCUCCGCCAAUCGAAGGUCGCAGGACUUUGGCUCCGGCUACACCAGCAGUUAUGAUCCCGAAGAGUCCGGCCGGGGCCCAAUGUUCAGCAAGCCGAGCUUCGGAGUACCCCAGUUCUACCCGCGCGACCUAAAGAGACGUCUCGAUGAAUUCGUCGUGGGCCAGGAGCGGGCCAAGAAGACCACGACAUCAGUCGUAUUUAAUCAUUACCAGGGCCAGAGACGAAGACGAAAUUUAGAGGACGAGAAAAGGGUAGCAGAGGAACGGUUGCUUCGCCAGCAGCACUUCCAGCGCGCCCGGCGCGAGCCCCACCCGGUCGAAGGUCAGGAGCACCGCGAAUCGGAACCUGAACGUCAGCCAAAUGCUGACAAUUUGGCGUAUAAAGAUGACUUCCCAGGCCACCAUGUGUCUGUUCAAGGACUUCACGAGCAGAAUCCUUCUUUUGUGGAAGAGUUUCUUCGGGACGAUGCGAGAGAUAGCAGACAUGUGACGAUUCAAAAGUCGAAUCUGCUGUGUAUAGGGCCGACAGGUGUUGGAAAAACUUACAUUGUAGAACAUCUCAAUGUGCCCUUUACAAUCAGCGACUGCAACUCCUUCACACAAGCCGGAUACAUCGGACAGGACGUGGAAGCCUGCAUAGAACGAUUGCUAAUCGAGGCAGACUACGAUGUGAGCGCGGCGGAAAACGGCAUCGUGGUUCUGGAUGAGUUUGACAAGCUCGCAAGAAGAGAAUCGGUCAAUGGAAGGGACGUAGGAGGCGAAGGCGUGCAACAGGCACUCUUGAAGCUGGUAGAAGGCUCCAAGGUCACUGUUAACGUCAAGGAUCAUAGGUCCUCCAGAUCCUCAAGUCCGAUCACGAGCAACUACAAUGGCGGAAGCCAAACAUCUCAACCCAGCCCACCGUCCGGCCCAAGAGUCGAGCAGGUUACCAUUGACACAACGAACAUAUUAUUCAUUUUCUGUGGCGCAUUUGUUGGCCUGGACAAGGUUGUGUUGAGGCGCGUGGCAAAGCCCACGAUAGGCUUUGGCUCUGAGCCCAUUAGGAACGGGGAUGCUUUGCCUCAAGAGAUGUAUGCGCAUCUGCCCCACCAGCCGCACAUCGUCAAGCCUGGGACCAGCGGGUUCACACCUCUGGACUUGACUACACCUGCCGAUCUGCAGGCGUUCGGCUUCAUUCCCGAGCUUAUUGGGCGUAUACACAACAUAUGCGCACUCACCCCUCUCUCGCUAGACGAGCUGCUACGGAUCCUGACGGAGCCGCGUAACAGCCUCGUUGCGCAAUAUAAGGCGCUUUUCGAGACCUACCCAAGUCGCCUCUUCUUCACAAGUCGGGCGUUGUACGCCAUCGCCGAGCGGGCUGCAAAGAAUGAGACUGGUGCUCGAGGCCUAAAAAUGGAAAUGGAACGUGUGCUCGCAGAGCCCAUGUUUGAUGCCCCGAUGCCUUAUGUCGUCAUCGACGAGGCUUGCGUGAAGGGCAAUUCAAAAGCCAGGUACUGGGGCAAGGAUGGACGACUUGAGGUCGACAGAUUACUGCGGGCGGAGAGCGACGUGAGCCAGCGAACCGGUGAUCAUGCGUCACAAAGCUACCAGCCAUACCGGGAGGCCAGUCAGGGAGGGGCUUAA